AUUAAUUGUCGACUACUAAUGGGUCCUACUGUGGACCUUUAGACCGCACGAGUAUAGCACCGUGCCCCUGAAGCUGCUCUCAAAAACGUGACCACCUGAUAACGUGACACAUCCCCAAACACUCCCAAUUCCUCAGCCUCAGCCUCGUGCCGCACCACCACAACCCACAACAGCAAUGGCAAUGGCAACUACGCCCUGCAUAGCCUGCAUAGGCAUAAUAGGGAAAGCCAACAACCCCCUCCACAUAUCCAUCUUCCCCACCUGCCCUCCUCAAUCCCCAGGCGGCUUCCCAGAGCCCCUCCUCACCCCGCUGCAGACCUCGCUCCUGAUCUCGUCGACGCUGGAUAUCUUUGAAGCGCGCGCGCGUGCGAAUGCGGUGAAUGGACAGGGUCUGAGCUCCGACUAUGGACUGUUGAAGAAUGUGGAUGAGCGGUUGGCGAUGUUUGGGUGGGAGACGAAUACUGGGGUGAGGUUUGUGGUGGGUGUUGAUAUGAGGGGGAGUGGAGGGGAGAGGGAGGAGGAGGUGAGGAGAGGGAAGGGUGUUGUCGGUGGACUGGGGCUGAGGGAGGGAGAGAUGAAGAUUGUUUUCCGAGCCAUCCAGACGGCAUAUGUCCGCCUCCUCCAGAAUCCCUUCUACGAACCCGACGACCACAGCCCGUUGACGGGGCAUGGGGGAAAGAAGAUCGGGAGUCGACGGUUUUCGGAUGAGAUGAAGAGGAUUGGGGCGAACUGGAAGGCAGGGGCAAUGACGCUGUGACUCUGAUGACAGGUGCGUUCAUUGUGGAGAUGUGGGAGUGCUGGUGUUUUGGUAUGGGUUAGCAUGGCGAGGCGUUAUUGGGAAGUGAAGUUUUGGAGAAUCUUACAACAUGAAGUUGAUAAGUUGAUCGCCAGCUGGGAUAUACUCUCGGCAUUGCGGUAGAAUGAAUUCAAGGCUUAAAAAAGCCAAAGGUUUUCCAGGUGUCUUUCAACCUUACUUGACAUCUCUUACCUGAUUGCGGAAGCGCAUCUACACUGCCAAUGCCAGUGGUGCAAAGCAGUUUGACUCUUCACUUCUUAUUUUUCGGCAUACCACCAACUCUUGGAAACGUGUGUACUCUCCUUCCAACUCGAUGAUACCAAAAGACCAUAUUUCUUGGGCCCAU